CUCCCAUGCUUCCCAGCAACCCUAGUUACUUAUUCAAACGUACAUUUGACGCCAAAGCGAAUGGUGGUUGUUUCAUUUUUGCGCAAUUUUUAAUAUUGACUUGCGCGUUACUUGCGCUAAAAUGUUGGGAAUGUUCUUUUUUUAAAUGUGUUCUUUGGAUUAAAUGUUAUGUGAAAAUCUCAAAAAGGAAAUUUGCUAAAAGAAAUAUGGGAUUUUUAAAUGAUCGUUCUUUUUGGAUAUAAGCUUUUUCAUUGAAUUGGAGGUAUAGAAUAAACCAGCGUGCACCUGGUGGUCAACUCUUAUACAAAAUGAUUACUUUUCUUCGACAUCCCGUUGUGUUUUAUUGAGCUCUCAACUGUAUAAAAAAAACUAUAAUGGAACAACAGUACAUUAUCACAAGUCCUUAUCAAACGUGCCACAACGGCAACGUUAAGUAUUACGAAGACAAACCAGAACAAAUAUAUUGUGAUCCCGAAAUAGUCACAAAAAACUCAAACAAUGAAAAAUAUGCCGUUAAAUUUAUCAUGGAGAAAUAUGACUCUCUUAAAUGUCUUAAUGGCCAGUUGGAUAAUCUCCAAAUAUCUGUGAAUCCAGAUAAUUCGGUUUCCAGAGAUUCGCUGGAAGACGGCAAUUACCAAACAGAAGAUAACCAAGAAAGUGAAACAAACCAAGUUGAAAAUGGUUUACUUUCCGAACAAGACAUAGCACAAAUCGAAGUUUUUUUCGGCAGUCAUAAGACUUAUGUGUACGUGUGUCGGUGUUUAGCUAAUUUAUAUUUCUCAACAGUUGGCAACGAUGAUUGGGGAGAACCAGAAAGAACUGGUAUACCAGUUCUCUUGUUGGACAAAGGGGAAACUCGUGCUAGAAACGAACGAAGGCUUCAGAUUGUUCUGGCCGAGAAAGGAUCUGGUUUUGUUCUGUGGAAAGAUUCUAUUGACUAUCGAUCGAAUUAUAAGUCACAGGAGACGUUCCAUACUAUGUAUUGGUCAAAAGAUCAUCGGAAAAUGGCUGGACUUAGUUUUGAUGCGGAAGAAGCUUCUGAGAAGUUUCUUGCCGAAGUUAAGCAGUUGAUGGAAGAUCCUCUAAACAUCAGUCUUUCUGUUCCCAAACAGAAGAAAAAGAAAUUAAGGAUACCAAAAAAGAAAGAAAAGCCAAAACAAUUGAGUACCAAGGAAAUAUCCUCUCCCUUCCUCUUUGAGCACGUGACUAAUGUAUCUCUGGAUGACAAGAAAAAGUUAUAUUCAAUGGCAACACUUGUGCCGACCGGUGAAGAAAUCAGUUCCUAAAUCAAUGGCCGAACACUGUGUGUUGUUUUUUAUAAAAAGAGACAACUGAUCAAUAAAUAAUGGGAGCAGUAUUUUAUUAAAAUAAAAUCUCGAAAGAACAAAGAACAUCUAAUGAUGAGUUGUUACAUUAGAAAUGAAUCGUUAAUCCACCCAUUAUUGGGAAAAAACAUGUUGAAAAUUGCAUUUAUGAAUAAUUGAGAAAUACCAAUAACAUAAAUUUAAAAUGCCUUUCUUUAACGAAUGUAUUUGUUCAAUGCUAUUUUUUAAAAUUUAUUUUCAUACAAACAAUACAAAAUAAAAUGAGAUCGAAUAUUUUUUAUUUAAUUAUAUAGAUAUUAUACGUUUAACCUGUAAAACAAAAUAGAUUUUAAGAAUAGGUGUUAAUUAGUAUCCAUAUUCCAUUUCCUUAUUAUAUGAAAACAUAAAUUUAAAACAUAGUUCACAAUGAUUUACUUUUUUACUGCGCGCCUGUAGCCUGUUUUUCCAGUUAAAUAUAUCAAUGUACAAUAUUUUUGUAUGUACAAUAUUAAGUACAUACAUAAAAUAUUGUACAAUAUUAAGAAAAUCGUACAUUUUAUAAGGGAUGCAAUCAGAACACUAUAAAGAACCACUUUCAUUUUUUUACAUUCCUUUUAUUACAUGUGAUGCGCGAUAUCUAGCCAAACAUGACUCUUGUUCUAGAAAUAACGAAAAUUCUCAUUUGAAAUUUACCCUCUAUUUUAAAUAAAUUCAGACUCAAAGCAAAGUGUCAGACAUCAUAAAUUUACAGUAAACAACAAAACAAAAUCAUUAUCCCAUGAUAAAUUUAAAUUUUCCUUACUCAUAUGUAAAUUUAUAAAUUUUCCAACUUCCUCUUCCUUUCUUAUCUAUAAUGAGAUCUUUACAAAAAUAAUAAAUUCCUGUUCUAUUAGCAUAAAAUUUAUUAUAGUCAUUUCUAAAUGGGUCUCGGGUAGUGACGUAAGCGAUGAUUUCAGAAUAUGUGGCAGAUAGGGAAGACGUUUAUGAUUGUUGCCCAUUAUUUUUAUUUUAUUUAACGGGAAGUAAACACUAGCAUUCAUCAAUCUAUCAAAUAAUAUAUCACAAUUGAUGUCCAAAGCUCUAAAAUUGAAGAAUAUAUACUUUUUAUCCCUGUUCUGGAUUGAUGGUUUUAUGAAAGCUUAAAUAAUGAACGACGGGAGUUAGUAGAAAUAAUUAUUUCGAAGGAAAUGUAUGUUUACAAAUUACUUAGAAGAAAUAAUUAUUUAGAAUGUUGAAGAAAAUGUAUGUUUACAAAUUACUUAUUCACAUUUCAAUCAGUCUCGGACUUAUAAUAAUUUGAUAAGUAAAUACAAUUAGCGAAAACGUCUUAAAUUUUUUUUUUGGGGUUGUUACUUUUUGAAAUUAUGCUUUUUUAUUUAUCAUUCUAUAAUCUUCAAUAAAAAUAGAAUGUUUUGUCCCCUGCUCGCUCCACUCACCAACCUCCUUGAUUGCUUUUCAUUCAUCAUUGUUUGUUGUCGUUUUUAAGUCGAUAUUUCCAUCAAAAAGUCCUCCAUGAAGGCAAAUUUCUCCCAAUACUUUAUCCUGGAGUUCUCUUAUCUUCUGGAUUUGAUUCAAAAUUAACACGGCUGACUACGGAGUUAACAUUGGUAGUCGUUAACUCAAAAUUGGGUCAGCUGCUCAAUGAUUGUUAUUAAAAAAGUGUAUAAAAUUUAAUGUAAGCGUAUUUUUUUACGUUGUUAAUCGUAGCGAAAUGAUAAAUGUUCCUAAUGAAAACUAAAUGUUAUCACAACGUUACUUAUGUAUUAAAGAACUAUCUUUUGCGGUGUUAUAAUGAAAGAGACCUCGUGGAAUAAUUUAACUUAAGAAAUUCGAUUUUAAAAUGUAUAGAAACAUCAGGAAACUUAACAAAAUUUCCUUUUUCAUUAAAAACAGUCCUUUUGUGACAUGGAAUAUAAAAUUAAAGUUCUACGAAUAUACGCUUAACGUGUUCUGUAUCUAAAAAGAUAAAUGCUAUCAAAAUGUCACUUAAUGUGUUGUCGCAUUGAGAUUGACAUUUUAAAUGUCACAUUGAGCUUUUCAACUAUCUGCGUUUUGUUAAUAAGAAGUAAUAGCAUAUUUUUCCUUUUCUUUCUUAUUUUUAUUCAGCGUAACAUUGAGAUUUUCAACUAAGUGUGGUUUGUUAAUAAGAAGUAAUAGCACAUUUCUCCUUUUCUUUCUUAUUUUUUAUCAGCGUAGCAUUGAGAUUUUCAACUAUGAGCGUCUUGUUAAUAAAAAGUAAUAGCACAUUUUUCCUUUUUUUUCUUAUUUUUAUUCAGCGUAAUGUUUUUAUCCAUCCAGAAAAGGGCAUUUAAAAUUUGGUAUUUUCUCAAACUUGUUCUGUAUGACAAUUUAUUUUAAAGAUGGUUUAACUCUUCCUCCAUCAAUCUACGCCAUAUUAGAUGAUGUAAUCAAUUUAAUAAAGACAUUAUUGCUUCACAUUUUUAUGGCCUGAUCACGUAAAAAAGUAUGAUAGUCAUGAUAAGAAAUGAUCACGAAUUGAUUAUGGUGCUAAAUUCAAAACUCUUGUGCAAUGACGUCUGAUGUUCUGAUGAGGAAUGUGAUAUAUUUUAAAUCCUCAUAUAUAAUAUUUGAAAAGGAUCAGAUGUUGAAUGCCAGACUGUUUAAAAGUGAAAGAGUACUUUCAAAACAUUUUGGAAUAAUCAACACUAUAAGUUUGUGAAAAAGCAGCUGGACAUGUAGUAGUUUCUAUUUCAGAAAUAAUAUUGCAUUGUAAAUAUAUUUGAUAAUAAAAAAAGUGUUUAUGUA